CUCUACACUGAGAGGCGCCUUGCAUCAUCUGAAAAUGAGAGUGCUCAGCGUCGUCCUUGUUGUGCUGCUGUGUGUGUGCAGAGGAGCUCUGGGUGUGCAGGUUAAAGUUGGAGACAGGAGCUUCCCCUUGAAGGCAGUGAAGCAGCUGGAGGAGCUGAUGGAUUUAGACAGCAGCGUUAGCCCUCACCUCGCCAAGACGAGCGUUGUAGCCGUUUGCACUAACCCCGUCCUGCCGCAGGUCUUUCGGCCAGUGUGUCAAGGGAAAGGAGCAGGCGUGGUGUUCUCCAAACUAGUGUCAAUCAUCACGUCUUUGGAUCCUUGUGAAAUAUGUGCCAACCCCUCCUGCUUUGGGUGUCUGGACUGAGGCCUGCCAUCUGCUAGACGCACAAGCACAUCGAUUGAGAGCCUCUGGGGUCGUCGUCCGCCGGAGUUCAUGCAAAUUUAUAUGUGUAGAAGAUUGGCAAAACAAGUCCUGUCACCUAGCAACCAAGCCCGACGGGUCUCAAGGCUCGGUGGUCAAAGUAAUACAUUUUUCUAUACAUAAAACUAUGUUGUUUGUCUUUUUUUUAAAUAUGUUUUGGUAAAUUCUUUGGGCUACAUAGUACCUUGUCAGUAAAGUGUCAAAGCAGAAGUUCUGUGGUGUUUGGAUAUUACUCUGUUGUCUUCAACUUGCUUUCAUGUUGAACUUUUAAUUUUUUGAGUCUGAU